AUGGCUGGACGUGAAGACAGCACACGUGGAAAAGGACGCGGUCGGAAGGGUCGUAAUCCCGGGUUACGCCAGUCGCUGCGUGCUCAGGGGCUACCGCCGAAGAAGGAACCGUCCCUGGAGGAAGUCAAGAAGGCUGCCCGGGAACGCAAUACUGCGAAGCGCAAGGCAGGCGCUGAGAAGAAGGAGAAGGAGUCGUCGGGAGUUCAAGAUCGAGACAACCCGGAUGCUGACGUCUCGGAUGCGCACCAUGCAGUUCCGGAUGCCGUUGCCCCGGAUGUCGAAGAGAAGACCCCGAGUGACUCCGCGAGGAGCUCACACUCGAGUGCGAGUAUGGAGUUCGUGGGUGUGUCUGCCCCGGAUGUACCCACACAGGCGUCAGUGGGAGGCGCCGUCAAGGUUAAGUGCCCGGCUGAAGGUGGCCCUUUGGGAUUCCUGAAGCCGAGAUCGGACGCUUGGUACGUCACGGCAAACGCGACCUCCGAGUACAUUACAACCCGGAUGUCGAUGGCCCGCCAGAGCGACGUUUGGAUUUCUGAGUGGAACCUGGUGCGGUUGUCCCCGAAUGCCGUCGACGAUGACCUGUUCGCCCUGAGUGUCGACUUGGACACGCUGUCCGUGGUCGAGUGCGUUGCGCUCCUGCAGACACUGUUCUUCGAGGCCAGUUUCAGGUUUCGCAACCUGAUUCCACGAUGGUCUCAGACUCGGACGUCCAGAUUGAACACGGAAGUUGUGUUGGGAGUCGCUCAGGACCUUCAACACUUGCUCGCUCUGGAACUCCUGAAUUGGCGUAACAUUUCUUCAGAGGUUCCAUUGCGAGUUGUCUUUGCACCUGGACUGAACGUUCCGAAACUCGAUACUGAGGAAGACAAUGCGGAAGACAUCAAGGCGGAAGACCGGGAAGGCGAUCUAUUAAUGUCUGAUUACCAGGCCGGCGUCCUUGGCCCUGACUGUCUGCAGCGUCUGGAAGGCAUCGGCAUUCGGACUGUUCGGAGCCCCGUUGGUUCGUCGCUUGGAGAACCGGACUUGAAGCUCCAGCACCCUGCUCCGUCUUCAAUUCCGUCCCUGAGCUCGCACCAGUCGCUCCGGACGCCGACCCAAGCCUCUACGAUUCGUCUCUCCCAGAUGCCAUGA